GCCUGACUCCCAAGCCCCUCGACCAUAAACUUGACGAGCCUCAUUUUCAGCGACGCAAAGGCUCUGGCACAGGCAAUGAAUCGAAAGCUGAAGCUGUGGCAGAUGCUGCAAAGGAAGCAGCGAAGGCGGCCACCGCCAUCGUCAGUGCUCUGCGCGGCAAUGGCACAAAUGGCACGAAUUCCACGAACGCCACGAACGUCACAGCCGAGCGCGAAGGCACCGACACCAUGGGAAGCAUUGCCCGAGCUGCGAAGAAGGCAGCAGCCAAAGCGGCUAAGGUUGCUGAGAAUGCCAGUGUUCCCAGCCAGACCACUGUGCAUGUAAGCAUCGAAGCCAAGUCUGUACCCGAGGAGGAAUACCUGAACACGGGAGUGGAGGUUGAGUUGAAAGCCACGUUCCAGGCGGUAGCAGAUGACUUGGACAUGGAGGCUUCCACUGCAGACGCAGCGACGGCCUUGAAGCUGCGUGUGAUGGGUAUGGAUGCGUUGAGGAGUAGCAAGGGGCUCCUGAAAGGAACUCUGGUGAGACUCGUGGCCAACAACUGCUCUGUUCCGGGGCUUCAGACCUUCAUACUAAGCACGGGCGUGGACUUGCGCAAGGCGUGGCUGCUGCGGGGUACCAUCCAUGAGCUGCAAAGGCAAGCGGAGGUGCACUUCGGACUCGGUAUCCACCAUCUCUGCUCCCAGAAUGGGGCAGUCCUUCCUGGCGCGAGCUCCCUGGGAGACCUGGGUCUGAAGGAUGGCGAUCAGAUAGCCUGCACCUUACGACAGACAACGGUCGUGUCCCACUUUGCAUCAUUGACGGCCAGUGGCGUUCGCUGGCCCUACCUGAGCUUUACAGAAGGCGACGCCUUUGCGGUCAUCGGGCCCCAUGGGAAUGUCGUAACUUGGGGCGAUCCCAAGACCGGCGGCACCUGCAGUGAAGCUGACCAAGAGAAGCUUUGCCACGUACUUCGAAUCCGUGCCUCGCAGUCAGCCUUUGCAGCCAUCUGCUCGGACGGAAGCGUGGUAACCUGGGGCGACCGGACGGGCGGCGGAGACAGCUGGCUGGUGCGGGCGCAGCUCCAGGGGGUCCGGGACAUCGUUGCCUCAGCCUUUGCCUUCGCCGCCAUCUGCAAUGAUGGGAGUGCGAUAGCUUGGGGUGAUGCGAGCUACGGUGGAGACAGCAGCCUGGUGCAAGAGGAGUUGGUGGGUGUGGAGAAGAUUUGCGCCUCGCAGGGGGCUUUUGCUGCGAUUCUCCGGGAUGGCAGCGUUGUGACCUGGGGCGAUCCAAGCUGUGGCGGUGACAGCAGCGCUGUGCAGGAAGAACUGAAGAGAGUUCGCAAGGUUUGGGCGUCCUUUGGGGCAUUUGCGGCCCUCCUGGACAGUGGCGUGGUGGUUACUUGGGGGGAAGGAGCUGGAGGCGGCAACAGCAGCGCUGUCUGCGAUCAGCUCCAGGGGGUGACGCGCAUCUGGGCCUUUGCCCGUGCUUUUGCCGCCCUUCGGGAUGAUGGAGCGGUGGUGACCUGGGGGGACCCUCACAUGGGCGGCGACAGCACAGCCGUCCGCGACCAGCUGCGAGAUGUCCAGGAAAUGGAGGCCAACAUAUUUGCAUUCGCAGCUGUCAGAAUGGAUGGCAGCGUGGUGACAUGGGGCGGUGCCAUCGAUGGCGGUGACAGUAGUGCCGUCCGAUCGGAGCUCUGGGAUGUGCGCUUGAUCCGUGGGACGCACGGAGCAUUCGCUGCUUUGCGCGGUGACGGCCGUGUGGUCGUCUGGGGCAAUCCCCUGCUCGGCGGGGACGCCAGCACCGUGAGCGGACAGCUGACGGAAGUGGAGGGGCUCUGGGCAACGGAAGGUGCCUUCGCCGCAAGACGAGCUGAUGGUUCGAUCGUCAGUUGGGGCAACCCUCUGCAGGGGGGCGAUUCUCGGGCAGCCGACCCCGAGCUCACCGAAGUCCAAGACAUCUGUGCGUCCUUUGGUGCCUUUGCGGCUGUGAAAGCAGAUGGAACUGUGGUGGUCUGGGGCUCGUGUGCCUCUGGCGGAGACCCAAGUGCUGUGCCAGAGCAGCUGCGACCACAGAAAGAUUGCGCCUCACAGGGUAUGCAACAGUUCUGGGCUAUGGGGUCUCUUUGUGGCAUCUGGUGGUGGGCAGAGAUUGAAGCCAUGCGCAAAGUCACCACGCUUGUGGAUGGCGUCUGUGUGCUGAAUGUCAGCCCAAGAGAAGCAGAUGGCGAGGUUCAGAAGGUCUUAGAUGAAGCUCUGCUUCGCACCACGGCCUCCCAGCGCGCGGCCGCGGCUUCCGAGACGAAGAAGGCCUUGAGACAUGCCCAUGCAGCAUUGAAGAAGUUGGCGAACGAGACCAUCUCACCGGAGAACUCCACGUACCGCAGAGCCAUCAGAGAGGCAAGGAAGUCUGGCAACAGUGCCGUGCAGGCACUUGCUGAGGCCGUUGCCAAAGUGAAUACCACAAUUCAGCCCGAAGCGACAGCGAUCCAUUCCAGGAUGCACCACAUCCUUACCGAGCGCCUUAUCUCGCGCCGCAACCUGGCGAGGGGCGGCCUCACUGGCACUCUGCAGGCCUGUGAGCACUUUGCCAGCAACUUGAACCAGACUCUACCGGUCCCGAGUGUCGGGGAGUUGGCCGUGCAAGUGGAGAUGGCUGGCCUGGCUGCGCAGAAGUCGCAAGAGGCCUUUGAGAGCUUUGAGAAGGCAGCCGUGGCUGCGCAGAACGCGGAGGCGGAUGCGGAGGUGGCAAACACAGAGGCGAAGGAGGCCGCAGAGGCAGUCAAGCGUUAUCUGGCUGUCGGCAAGAACCGAACUGCUAAGGCAGACAAGAUGAAAGCUGAGAUGAAUGUGCCAGGAGCUUUUGUCAACGUCACGGAGGUGCAGGUUCUUGAAGCCCAGGCCAAGGAAGCCUUUGAACUGGCAGGUAGCUACAAAAGCGAGGAGGAAGAAUUCCGGCUCGUGUACGAUGAGAUGCUGGCCCAAGCUGUGGGCAACGUCACAGAGGAGCUGAUGAUGGCAAAGGCUGUCCGGGGCUCUAUCGAGGGCAUCCUCGGGACCUCCACAGUGGCGGACCUCCAGUCCGAGGGCGCCGAAGCCUACGCCAAGAAAGCCCUGCGCCGGCUGAAUGCCACCGAGCACAAGCCGGUCUCGUUGCUGCACGUCUCAUCCGGUGGCCUGCCAGGCAACGUGAGUGUGCGCGUGGACAUAGCCGGCCCUAACGGCACGGAGAUCCAUGAUGUGAUCACCACAUUGGAGGACCGUCUCAAGGUGAAGCUGAUUGAAGACACCGCAGUGCAAGUCCACUCGCGCUCGGUGAGGAAUGCCACUCAUGGGCACCUGCAUAUGUCGGCGCUGGUGGGCAGCCUCGAUUCGGCCGUUAUCGGGGACGUAGCCAACACCACAGCCGAGACCAUUCACGACGUCUUGGGCAAAGUCGUCACAAACAUCGAGAAGGUUCAAAUCGCUGGUCUUCCCAACGUGUCUAGCGAGGGACUGCCAAUCCGGGCAACAGCUCCUGAACACAAGGAAGCGCGGAAGCACACCACUGAGAAGCCUGAUGAGCCGAACGAGGAACCGCCCUCUGCUCGCAGAGUUCACGGCCCAUGGAGCAUCAUGGGCCUGGGCGGCAUUGCCGUGCUGGGAGCUCUAGGCUUGCUACUGGUGAUUGGGAGCCGCUGUGCUGGUUGA